AUGCAGAUAAAGAUGAAGGAUAUCGGAGAACAACUGUAUACCACGCAAGUGAAUGGUGGGCCAAGUUCUUUGACCAUGUCCCCCAAACAGCCUAAUUGUAACAGAGCAACCCGGCUGGAUAGACAGGAAGCACAAACCCUGCUCUACCAAGGCUCAGAGGCAGAGGCUGCCACAAUGACCAUUGCUACUUGUGUACAGUGCAAAAGUGUUCACAAGAUCCCACCUCAAGACUUGAGGAAGGGUCCUGGACAGAGCCAGAAGGAAGGCGCUUAUGUCUGCUUCAAAUGCAGCCUUCGCACAGUACCUGCCCAGCUGCAUUUUGUGAACAGUAACCCUGGUGCUGUUCAGGUCAGAAAUGAGACAGAAGCCAUCUCUAGUCCUAUGAAUAAUAAAUUUAAGGUUAGGAACUUUAAGCCAGGCAAAUACUACUGUGAUAAGUGUCGGUUCUCCACCAAGGACCCUCUGCAGUACAGAAAACACACAAUGCAACAUGAGGAGAUCAAGUUCAUCUGUUCUCACUGCAGCUACAUCUCUUACACGAAAGGGGAGUUUCAGAGGCACCUGGUGAAGCACACGGGUGUCUUCCCUUACCGAUGUGAGUACUGCGAGUAUGGUGCUAUCCGAAAUGACUACAUUGUCAAGCACAGGAGGAGGGUCCAUGAGAGGGCUGGUGCCAAACGACCCCUCAAAACUGUUGCCAAGCUGGAGCCCAAGAGAACAACCAACACUUCAAAGCAGAGCAUGGAACUGUCGAAGGCCCCUAGUCCCAGGGCUGCCUUCCAAAACAAGUUAUCAGACCAGCUAUCUCGAUUCUCUCUCCACACAAACAAAGACAAGACACACAGUUUGAUGUUGUUACCCGAGCUGAAGAAGUACCAAAAAGAUGUAGUGUGUAUUCCCAACAAAAUAGCCCUGUCUGAACCGAGCAAGGUGAGCCUGUGGGGGAAUAAGAAUGUUGAGGUGGAAGUGCUGUCCCCCUCGAAGGAGCCUGUGCAGCCAGGUAUGCCACUGACUGUUGUGGCGCCUUCAGAGCUGGUAGUCCCCACCAACUGCCUAGCCCAGUUGAUCGAUGUGAAGGUUGUCAAUGGCACACAGCAGCUUGUGCUUAAACUGUUUCCGUUAGAAGAAAACUCCCGCCUUGAAACAGGCAGAGAUGGAGGCACUUCUGAGUGUACGACUACUGAGAAGGGCUCAGGGGGACAGAAAAAAACGCUUUCUCCAGAAGCAGUGAAGUCACUAACAAUGGAAGGGAGCACUGGAGAGUUCGUGGGCAUUGACCAUCUGCACUCUUUGGUUCAGAAACAGCUUAAAAAUGUGAAGUGGGUGAAGUCUUGCAAUUUCUUAAUGCCCAAUUCUGGUGUACACAGUCAUCAAGAAUCUUUUCUCAGUUCUGAUACAAUUAAAGACUUGCAGAAAACUCACAGUUUGUGUCCACCUAGAGCCCUUCCUUCUGUUGCCUUAAAAGGUCAUUCUCCAGCCUCUGUACAAAACAUUGUUUCCUGUGGUCCUGGAACCACAGCAAACCCUUUCUUGAGUAAAUCAGCUGUUUCUUUUGCUGAAGAUGGACGGGGUACCCGUUGUGACUCCCAGCAGCUCCUUCCCCUUGCCUCAUUGCCUACAAAGGUUUCCUUCUCUGGAGAGAAGAGUUUACUGCCUAUAGGUGAAAAUGACUUAGAAGCUAGGAAUAGGAUUAGUUGUCCUGAAACAAUGGUUUCCGCUGACAGAAAGCUGGAAGACAAACAGAUAGAAAACAAGGCAGUGGGAAAUACAGGCCAGCUUUCCUCUGCACAGAAAAAUGAGUAUUUACACAUAAACCUUAUGGGGGAAGAGAAACUGAGGUCCCAACAGCCUGGGGAUCAGCCUGUGCAGCCGAAGAAUUCUGAAAAGACCGGUAACACAUUUGAGGGUCCUGUCAUCUCGUCAGUAUUUUCUCUGAGCUCUGGAUCUGAAAAUGUGCCAGAGGGCAUUAAGUGGAAUAGUUCAACAACCAAAAUAAAGUCCAUCGAACUGCUUCGAAGAAAGAUAGCACAGUUAAUUGAAUCUUGUGGCAAGCCUUCCUCUUUGUCUGCCAAUGGUGCUCAGCGACGUUCCAUAGGUCAGGCACCCAAGCUGACUUCAAAAGCAAUUCCCAAGGGUAUUCAGGAAAUGAGUGUGUCUCUUCCUGGCCCUGGCCCUAGUUCUGGCGCUUCUAUAGGUCCUCUCCAAAAACCUCAGAACGAGGGCAGUGUUACUAGCAAUGGGCAGCUUGCUCAGCGGCAGAUCUGUCCCAAAUUUGUCAGUGCUGAUGAUGGGAACAUGGAAAGCAGGGUGACCCGAAAGACUCCUGUUGCUACUCCAGUGCUGAUCCCCAAAGGGGCUGUGUUGAGGGUCCUUAACUCUUCUGAAGAUGCUCACAUCAUAGAGGCUACCUAUGACACACCGGUCAGCAUCCCCUGCAACGAAGCCCAGUUAGCAGAACCGCUUCCAUUCUGCCCUGUGACAGGCUCAGGCUCUCAACCUUUGACGUGUAGGCGUGGGCCGGCAGACAUGUCCCCAAAUCUAGAGACAUCUCUUCGGCCCAAAUCUAAAAGAGAGGACUCUGUCUGUACUACUACCCCUAAGAAAAUCAUCCCUGUGUACAGCACACAGCCAGGAAACAAUGACUCCAGCAGGCCAGGGAGGCCCAUUUCUAGAAACCUAACUAUAAGCAAGAAUAAAACCAAGCAAGUGAUCUCAGCCAAGAAGAAAAACAAGAUGCAGGCUGAUCCCAUUCGCUCUCUCAAAGACCCUUCCUUUUUUCAAGUUGCAAGGCAGCUUCGACUAAUAGCUGCCAAACCAGAUCAGUUGAUUAAAUGUCCUCGUCGGAACCAGCCAGUCAUCGUGUUAAACCAUCCUGAUGUGGACUCCCCCGAAGUGACCAAUGUGAUGAAGGUAAUCAACAAGUACAAAGGCAACGUCCUCAAGGUUGUCCUGUCUGAGAGGACUAGGUAUCAGCUGGGUGUCCGGCGGCACUACAUGCGGCUGACCUACCAGAAUUCAGAGGAAGCAAACCACCUGAAGAGGCAGAUGAUGUUGAAAAUGAAACUGAAAAAGGUGCAUAAAAACAACUACCAAGUGGUGGGCUCCUUGCCUGACGACCCUGCCCAGUGUGUAUUUAAGUGCUGGUUCUGUGGGCGGCUCUAUGAAGACCAGGAAGAGUGGAUGAGUCACGGCCAGCGCCAUUUGAUAGAGGCCACCAGAGACUGGGAUGUCCUUUCUUCAAAGGGCAAAUGA